AUGGCGCGGCCGCUGGCGGCAGUGCUGUUAGUUCUCGCUACGGCGGUGGCGGUGGCGCUGGCCGCCCCGGACGGCACCGGGAAGGUGGAGGCUCCGUGCGUCGGCAUCGAUCUUGGCACGACGUACUCAGUUGUCGGCGUGUGGCAGAAGGGUGAUGUUCAUGUUAUCCCGAACGAGAUGGGCAACCGUAUCACGCCGUCCGUGGUGGCAUUCACUGAAACGGAGCGCCUCAUCGGCGACGGCGCCAAGAACCAGCUGCCGCAGAACCCGCAAAACACCAUCUACGCGAUCAAGCGCCUUAUUGGUCGGAAGUACAGCGAUGCCACGGUGCAGAAGGACAAGAAGCUUCUGUCGUACGAGGUGAUCUCUGACAAGGACGGAAAGCCGAAGGUGCAGGUGGAGGUUGGCGGCAAGAAGAAGCAGUUCACGCCGGAGGAGGUGAGCGCGAUGGUGCUGCAGAAGAUGAAGGAGAUUGCGGAGACCUACCUUGGUGAGAAGGUGAAGAAUGCCGUUGUGACGGUGCCCGCGUACUUCAACGACGCACAGCGGCAGUCGACCAAAGACGCUGGUACGAUUGCGGGGUUGAAUGUCGUGCGUAUCAUCAACGAGCCGACGGCCGCCGCCAUCGCGUACGGGCUGAACAAGGCCGGCGAGAAGAACAUUCUUGUGUUCGACCUCGGUGGUGGUACCUUCGAUGUGUCGCUUCUGACAAUUGACGAGGGCUUCUUUGAGGUUGUGGCAACGAACGGUGACACGCACCUUGGCGGUGAGGAUUUCGACAACAACAUGAUGCGCUACUUCGUGGACAUGCUGAAGAAGAAGAAGAACGUGGAUGUGUCCAAGGACCAGAAGGCUCUGGCGCGGCUGCGCAAGUCGUGUGAAGCGGCGAAGCGGCAGUUGUCGUCGCACCCUGAGGCGCGCGUGGAGGUGGACAGCCUGACGGAGGGCUUCGACUUCAGCGAGAAGAUCACGCGCGCGAAGUUCGAGGAGCUGAACAUUGAUCUCUUCAAGGGGACGCUGGUGCCUGUGCAGCGCGUGUUGGAGGAUGCGAAGCUGAAGAAGAGCGACAUUGACGAGAUUGUGCUGGUUGGCGGCUCCACGCGUGUGCCGAAGGUGCAGCAGCUGAUCCGCGACUUCUUCGGCGGCAAGGAGCCGAACCGCGGCAUCAACCCCGACGAGGCGGUGGCGUACGGCGCCGCGGUUCAGGCGGCGGUGCUGACCGGCGAGAGCGAAGUGGGCGGUCGCGUGGUGCUGGUGGACGUCAUCCCGCUGUCACUCGGCAUCGAGACGGUGGGCGGCGUCAUGACGAAGCUGAUUGAGCGCAACACGCAGAUCCCAACCAAGAAGAGCCAAGUCUUCUCCACGUACCAGGACAACCAGCCGGGCGUGCUGAUUCAGGUCUUCGAGGGCGAGCGGCAGAUGACAAAGGACAACCGCCUGCUUGGCAAGUUCGAGCUGUCCGGCAUCCCGCCAGCGGCGCGCGGCGUGCCGCAGAUUGAGGUGGCAUUCGACGUGGACGAGAACAGCAUCCUGCAGGUGAGCGCAGUGGACAAGUCGUCGGGCAAGAAGGAGGAGAUCACCAUCACGAACGACAAGGGCCGGUUGAGCGAGGAGGAGAUCGAGCGCAUGGUGCGUGAGGCCGCGGAGUUUGAGGAUGAAGACCGCAAGCUGCGCGAGCGCGUUGACGCGCGCAACUCCCUGGAGAGCAUCGCCUACUCGCUGCGCAACCAGGUGAACGAUAAGGAGAAGCUUGGCAGCAAGCUGAGCGCGGACGACAAGAGCGCGGUGGAGGCCGCCGUGAAGGAGGCAAUUCAAUUCCUUGACGAGAACCCCAACGCGGAGAAGGAGGAGUACGACGAGGCGCGCGAGAAGCUGCAGAGCGUGACGAACCCCAUCAUCCAGAAGGCGUACCAGGCCGGUGGCGGCGACGGUGGCGCCGGUGCGGAAGAGCACCCGGAGCCGAUGGACGAUCUCUAG